AUGUCUACCAACGGUCAAGAAAAAAAUGAAAAAUAUUUAAUUACCAUUGAUAACAUCCAUUAUUCUGUGAAAUUUACUAGGAAACAAAAUAGUGAUCCUUCUAAAUACGAUUCCCUUCAGUUAAUUCAGAAACAACAACAACAACAACAACAACAACAACAACAACUUCAUAACAAUAAUAUACCAACCAUUCUAACCACUUCAAAAGAUCUUAUUCUUAAUUCUGAUUAUGAAAAAAACAACACAAAACUAAUUAUAAUCGAUUCAACUCAUUCUGGGUUGGGAAGAAAUAAGGAAAAUGAUUUUUAUGCAAUCAUAAUGGAACCAAUUUUAUCAAAAUUGAAUAUUAAAUUUGAAUUGUUUAAAACAACUUCAAAGGAUUCAAUCAAAUCUUUUGCAAAUAAUUUCUCGAUCAAAACGAAAGAUACCACUAAAAUUGACUAUAAUUUAAUAUUUUUAUCUGGUGAUACUACAAUUUCAGAAUUCUUCAAUAAUUUACCACCUCAGCAGCCUCAAACUUCGAAAAUAAAUCUAAAUAUCUUAACAAUACCAAUGGGAACUGCCAACGCUUGGUCAAAUUCAUUAAAUUUGAAUUGUCCAAUUGAUAUCUUUCAAAAAUUUUUAUUAAACAAAUUAACUGUAUCUCCAUUCCCAUUAUACAGUUUGAUUCUACCUCAUUCACCAUCAUCAUCAUCAUCAUCUGGAAAAACGGGGGGAAAAAAUACAAUAUACUUCUUCAUAGUGUUAUCAAUGGGAUUCCAUGCAAAUUUAUUACAUCUUUGUUCUAAUGAUGAAAAAUAUUCAAAUUUAGGUCUGGAAAGAUUUAAAUUAGCAAGUGAUGAAAUAUUAUCAAAUUAUAAUUUAAAUUUAAAUAUUACCAUUGAAAGUUGUAAUGAUAAAUCACAUAUAAUAUUAAAUGAUUCAUUCAGUUAUUUCAAUUUAAUGAAUACCCCAAAAUUAGAAUAUAAUUAUAUCCCAUCCCCAUUAUCUGAUCCCUUAAAAAAUAAUUUACAUGUGUUGGCAUAUAAAUCACAUCCAUAUAAUAAACAACAACUAAUUAAAAAUAUAAUGAAAGGUUAUUCAAAUGAAUUAGGCCAAAAAAAUAUCCAGAAUAUUGAUGAAGAUGGAAUAAUCUAUUUCCCAAUAAAUGACAAAAAAUUCAAAAUUACUUUGAAUAAUCCAUCGCCAAUUUCCUCUUCUCUUUCAUUAUCACACAAUUACGAAUUAUGCUGCGAUGGUAUGUUAUUCAAUUUGUUAAAUUAUCAAACAAACCAAGGUAAACAAGAUAAAAUUUCAUUUGAAAUAGAAGCAAAUUCAAAUAAAAUUUCAUCAUUCAGAAUCUUCGCAUUAUCAUAA